AUGGGUGAAUUAUCAUAUUUGAAAGGCGUGCGCACACGUUAUUUCAAUUAUAUUGAGAAAGAGUUACAAACUGGAAAUAUGUUGUUAGACACGGAAAUAGAGAGCAUGAAUCCAGAGGAGUGCAAAGAAUUUGAACAUACUGUGAAUGAAACUAGACUUAAGAUUAAUAAUUAUAUCGAUAAGCUUAAUGUUCAGUCAGAAAAAGUUGCUAGCGUUAUUGGUGAUUCCGAUAGUGAAUUCAUUCAAACAUUGCUAGAAAAUGAUUCGAUAUUGCUUGACAGGGCUUGGAGUAUGGUCUAUAAACUGGAACAUAAACAGACCGAUCUAAAACGGAAGAUAAAAGAGGAUAUCGUUAAGGAUGUGUCAGACGAAGAGGGUUCAGCUGUGAAAAAAAUGUGUGAAGUUCAGAUGAAAUUACAAACAGCGUUCUUCGAACAACAACAAGAACGAGCAGAAGCGCAAAUGAAAAUGCAACAGAGCUUCUUUGACAAACAGCAUAGCCUGAAAGUUAAAAGUGAGAAUACAGUCAAGUUACCUAAGUUAGACAUGAUUUCCUUUAACGGAGAUAAACUCAAAUGGACUGAAUUCUGGGACUCAUUCUCCAGUGCUGUACAUGAAAACGACAAGCUGUCAUCAGUUGACAAGUUCAACUAUCUAAAGGAAAAGCUCUAUGGUGAAGCCCGAAGUGCUAUCGCUGGAUUGGUUAUGUCGAAUGAAAACUACGACAUUGCUAUCCAAAUUCUCAAGGAAAGAUUUGGAGAUCAGCAAGACAUUAUAGAUUUGCAUUAUAAGGGACUGGUGAAUGUUGCGUCCCCAAGGGAUACGACUGAAAGUUUGCGACUUUUCUACGACAAAAUACAAAAACACUUGAGAAGUUUGGUGGUUAUGCAUGAUAAUUUGGAGCAACAAGUUUUCGUGUCAAUCAUUCGGAGCAAACUGCCAAGUGAAGUUUUUAUGCAUCUUGAAAUACAGAAAGGCUCAGACAACAAGUGGACAUUAACUAAGCUUUGUGAAUUGCUCCGACAGUAUAUUGUGUCAAAAGAAAAGUCGGACAAACCCAAACCAGUCAACGCUAAUUUUAUACCUAGUCGAAGAGUGAGACCACAAUUUCAGAAAUCAACAAAUACCUUUAAAGGCAUCAGGGGACCCCAAACAGCAAAUACCACUGCUGGAGCUUUGACUGCAUAUGAAAAGAAAGAAUCUACUUCUCCCCAACAACAUCAGAAGAAAACCUGUAGAUUCUGUAGUAAGAAUCAUUGGAGUGACGAAUGUCAACGGUACAAGACAAUCGACGAAAGAAAAGCAAAAAUCAAGGGAUGUUGCUACAAAUGCUUAAAAGAAGGACACAUGUCUCCUGACUGUAAAAGCAAACGAAUGUGUGUCCAUUGCAAUAAAUCAGAUGUACAUCACAGAAGUUUGUGCCCAGUGAAAUUUAGAAAGGCACCUAUUCAUGAAAGUGUUAAUUUAUUAGAAGAAGGAGCAUGCGCGUCUGAAGAAAGUGUAGAAACAAGAGAAAUUCCCAUUAAUUCAACAGAUGGUGGUGUUUGUAAUGAAAGUGCAUUAUUAUCAUCCAAUGAAAUAGUGAUGAUGCAAACAUCGCGCACUGAAAUUUGGGACACAGAAGGUCUUAAUAAAGAAAAUGUAAGAAUACUUUUAGAUUCCGGAUCGCAAAGAACGUACAUUACUGAGCGACUGGCAACAUCCCUGAAUCUAAAGAGGACAAAAGAACAAGAGAUUCGUCUGGUUACGUUUGGUAGCGACAAAUCGAAGGUGAUAAAGACAAUGUCUACAAAGUUAAAUGUUCGGUUGAAGGAUGGACACGAUUACACAAUAACAGCAAAUAUAGUUCCAGCAAUUACAGGAAGCAUUCAAAGGAAACCAGUACGUAUAUCGGAUAGAGACAACUUCAGGUCGUUGAUAAAGAACCUUAGUCUAGCGGACGAUAUACCUACUGAAGAAUACACAGACUCAAUUGAAUUAUUGUUGGGAAAUGAUUAUUACCUGGAUAUAGUAUUAGGACAUAAAAUAGAGAUUCAGCCAGGACUUUAUCUCUUGUCGUCAAAACUAGGUUGGAUUCUUUCUGGAAGAACAAAUGAGAUAGAUGAUAAUGUGAGUGAUACAAACUUGUUAAUAUUAUCAUAUGGCAAUAACAUUACAAAGACGCAAGUGUUUACGAACGUUGACAAAUGUGUUCCAAAAACACCUGACAUCGAGGACUUUUGGAAUAUAGAAACAAUAGGAUUAAAAGAUACCACCAACGUAAGAUCUGAAGAUGAUCAAGCGAUGGAAGACUUCAAGGAAAACCUUGUGUUCAAGGAUAAUAGAUAUCAUGUUACAUGGCCUUGGAAAAUCGACCAUCAAGAAGUUCCGGAAAAUCGUCCUCUUGCCUUUGGACGAUUAAAGUCAUUAGUAUCGAGGUUCAAAGAUAAACCAGAUGUGUUGCAGAAGUAUGAUUCUGUUAUACAAGAUCAACUUGAAAAGGGAAUCAUAGAAAAAGUUCCGACCUCUAAAAAGAAUGGCCUGACCCAUUAUUUACCUCAUCAUGCAGUGAUCAAACCUGGCAAGUCAACAACAAAGUUGAGAAUAGUGUAUGACGCAUCAGCAAAAACAAAGAUUGAGAAUAGCAGUUUGAACGACUUUCUCUACAGAGGACCCGUGCUGCUAAACGAUCUGUGUGGAAUUCUUUUUAGAUUUCGAGUACAUACGAUCGGUAUUGUGUCAGACAUAGAAAAAGCUUUCCUCCAAAUCAGCUUACAGAAAGAUCAAAGAGAUGUCACGCGAUUCUUAUGGCUAAAGGAUUUAGAAAACCCAGAAGUAACACAAAAUCAAAGACAAGUUUACCGCUUCUGUCGCGUGCCCUUUGGAGUUGUGUCAAGCCCAUUCUUAUUAGGAGCAACAAUUGAUUAUCACUUGGACAGUUACAACAAUGAUGUCGCUAAACAACUGAAACAGGAUAUUUAUAUGGACAAUGUUGUAACGGGAACAGACACCAUUGACGCUGCGAAAGAUUUGUAUACUAUGUCCAAAGGAAUUUUCGAAGAUGCAAGCAUGAACCUUCGUUUUUAG